AUGAAGAUAAUUGAACAUGUAUCCAAACAGAUAAAGGAUGCAAUAUCCGGAGCUGAAGGCAGGAUGUCCAAACGAAUCAGUUCGAGUUUAAAGGAUAUGCAGGCUAGGCUCGGGAAAGAUUGCAAAGUUAUGGUUCAGAAAAUGGUUGAGAGGCAUUUGCAAAGAUACAAGGAGAAUGAUUUUGUCGCUAUGGUUGUUCGUGAAAUCAACGCAACACACGUGACAACAGACAAGAUGGCAUUGGUUACAACUGGUAGCAAGUCACACAAUGGCACGCGGUCUGAGAAUGCAACAACGAAUGAUGUACAGAACGUUCUCGAGAAGUUCACUGCAAUGACCAAACAAAUGGUUGCAACGAGGGAGCUGGAUUUUGGCUUCGGGUUGGUCCUCGUAGCUAAGGAAUUGCUCAAUAUACCAAUAUGUAUCACACCCACCAGGCCCGUGGUAUUGCUAUGUGCCUGUACUUGUGUUCCCGUUUAUAUGUUUUUAUAUUCGUUUACCAAUUUUGACACGAGCCCUACUUCGCCGCAGGUGAUGGAUUCAUGUGUAAUGGUCUUCACGGAGAACUUGCUUUCAAGCUUAGAUCCAACGCCUGAGCCAUGCGCAGACUUCAUGCCAUGUAGAUUCGCUGGUCACUCGGCUCUCAACAUAGUGGAAGCUCACGUGUUCGCCUUUUUCAAGUGGGAGAAUAGGUUCUGUCAUCAGUUAGAUAGAGGAAGUCGAAGUAGGGUUACUCCGCACAAGCCGCCGUUUGCAUUAGAUAAUUCCAGACAAGCAAUGGAAGUUGGUCCCGAGAUCCCGUGGAGGUGUCAGUGCGGCGUCGCACAGUCAUCCUAA